AUGGACAUUCUCUACUUCCUUAAGGACCGGGAAGUUUCUGGUGCGGACUUUUUAGAAUUGAAACACGAGAUAAAAGAUCGUAUUAAUCGAAAAUAUGGCCAGUUAUCGUCAGCAAAAGGAUAUCGACUAAGAACCUUUAAUGAAAAAUCCUACAAAACAGUUACCAACGAAGAAGAUAUAUAUUAUACUUACAGCCCUCGUAAUAAAGAUAAUAAUAAAAAUAUGUCCAAUAAAACAGAUAACCAAAACGUAACAACAAAUAUAGCAAACAACGAUAACAAUAUGGAAGAUGUCACUAUAACGACUGCUCAAGAAAUUCCUUCGAACUCUCAACAAAAUAUUAUGUCACAUGACACCAAUGUAAAUGAUCAACCGAUACAAACACCAAUCAACAAUCAAGUAGAAAAUUCUACUUUUAUGGACGAAGAUCAUGUAGCAGCUAGUCCAAACAAAGGAAAAUCAACCGAUAGACAAACAAACCCACCAAAUGAUUUACCUAAUCCGAUUGAAAUCACCAUAAUUAAUGACUUAUUUACACAAUCACCACAAGAUUCCAACAAAGCAUACAAAGGAUUUAUCCCUAGAGAUAGCUUUUUACCAACCCUCACAAAUAAUGACAUAAUCAAUUUACUCAAAUCUGCGUUUAUCAACGACAAUAACGCCUUCAAAUUCGAAGUAAAUGCAGUAUCUACAUAUAGAUAUUUUAGCAUUUUAUUCCGAACACGUGACUCUUUAGACCAUUACAUAGAAAAAAGUCCACCAGAACUAAAAAACAUAAAAAUAUACGAACUUACAAAUAACGCCAUCAAUACAUUAAUUGAACAAAAAUUCAAAAAUUUAGACAGCGCAGUAAUCCAAAUAAUGGAUAUACCAUAUAACUACGACACUAAGAUGUUACUUAAACAUCUAGCCAAUAAAACUAAAAGCGCUAUUAUUGACCAUAAAGAAAUCAAAAAACCACCUAGAAGAUUACCAGGACACAACCGUCAAGGUAAACCUAUCUUUAUCAACCCAGCAUACAAACAGCUAAUAGUAAGAUUCCAAAAAGAAUCUGCAUAUAAUUACUUCAUGCAAGAAGAAUAUUGGAGCUUAGAAAUUGAAAAUUUUAGCGUUAGAAUAUUACCUGGAAAUAAAAACACUCCUAUAUACAAGCAAAGAACCUCUUACUAUCACAAAGUAACUGGGCUACCCCUAAACACCACAUACAAGGAUAUUGAACCAAUUAUAAAAUAUCUCCAUGGACGCACGUGCACAUUCACUCAAACAUCUAAAUAUUCUAUAAUGAAGAACGCCUACAUAUACAUAGAUGAAAAAAAUUUUCCUGAGAAUGCAAAAAGUGCAAUUAGUACCACCUUCAAUGGAUCUCCAAUUUAUAUUUACCCCAGCACAAUAAUAUCCAAAACAUGCAACGUAUGCGGAACAUGUACCCAUACCACUAACAACUGUGAUAACAAAAACUUCACCAUUGAUAGAUAUAACAGAAAAACUUUCACAAAAAGACUUAUUAAAAGAAACGAAGAAAAAAUCACUAUAGAUGAUAAACACAAAACCACGUAUAAUCACGUUAUCGCCCUUAAUGCAAACAAAACACACACGCCUAACGCCAACACACAACAACACAAACCUAGAUCCACACAAACAACACAACAAUAUCGUACACUACAAUCACAAAAUAACCAUAUUCAACACACAUCAUAUAACCCGUCACCUGCUUACCAAAAGCAAACUACGUCAAAACCACAUGAUAACAAUAACCAAAAUUACGAAAACCUAUUAGAAAAAGUUAAACAACUAGAAAAUCAAGUACAUACCCUCACUAAUAGAAUAUCACAAUUAGAAAAUAAAUCUAAACAUUACGAGUCAAAAUUCUCUACUAUUGAAAAUCAAGUUAACAAUAUCGAAACAUCUGUCAAUAAUAUUAAUACAAAACAAGAUAAAUAUGAUGAAAUACUACAAAAACUUACUGAUAAUAUCAGUAAACUUGGCGACACUAUCAACAUUAAAGAAAAGCAUAUUAAACAAUCCAAACGCUCAUCACCGUAUGAUAAAACAUCAUACGAACAAGCAAAGAAAAAACAUUACACAAGAUCAUCUAUCAAAUCUUCUAGCUCUAGAGCUUCAGCUGACGAUAGUGAUAACUUUCCUCAAACUGAAGACGACACUAUAAUGCACCAAGACUUAACAGAAUUAACAGAUAAUGCCGUGGCUGAUGGUAUUAUAGAACCUGACUCAGACUAUACUCAAAACGAAGACGCAGGCAGUACAUCAACAUUCAGUUACAGUAUUUUCGGUCUUGGAUCUCGUAAAUAA